AUGGGGUCCAUAGACAUUUGUGAGCCGCAAUACUCGGCCUACGAUCACCCUCUACCAACCAAAGCCACAAGCCUUGCAACAGCAACAUCAACUAUGGAACCUCCCAGAGCUGGGAAGCCUCGCACCGUCACAGAGCUCAUAUCUAUGCGAGCUCAAAGUCAUCCAAACGAGCCCAUCUUCGGCUAUCCUUCACAGGAGCUCGAAUACACCGAAUAUACUCUCACCGAUCUGGAGGCACUUGCGGCUCGGGCAGCGCAGAGAUAUGCGGAAGUCCUUCCCGUCCGGGCGAAUUCGAGUCAAGAUGCUCGUGUGGUGGCAUUACUUGGUCCCUCAACCAUGGACUAUUUCAUUGCGUUACUGGCCCUCUCGCGACUUGGGUUUACGGUGCUGUUCCUCUCGACGAGGAUAUCGGAGGCCGCGUACCUGUCUCUACUCGAGGCAACCGACUGUCGUCAUAUGGUUGUGCAUCCAUCAUUUGACAGGACGAUAGCUGGUGUGAAAGCGACACUUCCCGACUUGCAAACCACUCGUUUCCUUCCUCAGAGUGAAUACGACCCACUCCAGGGGAAUCACAUUUUACCACAGACGACCGAGCAGACUCUUGAUCUUGACCAGGAAACCAGCAAGGUGGCAUGGAUCAUUCAUUCAUCGGGAUCAACUGGUCUGCCCAAACCCAUCUAUCAGACCCAUCAGGCCGCACUACGCAAUUAUGAAAACAACAUGAACCUGAAAGGAUUCGUGAUCCUUCCACUUUUCCACGCCUUUGGGAUAUCCAACGUCCUCCGAGGCUUCACAGCUAUCAAGAAGAUAUAUAUCUACAGCGCCAGCCUUCCGCUGACGAGCCAGAACCUGCUGCAGGUUAUGCGACGGCACAAAUUUGAGAUCUUCAUUACGGUGCCAUACGCGCUGAAGCUUCUCAGCGAGACUCAAGAAGGGAUUGACGCCCUUGCGGCCAUGAAGAUGGUGCAAUUCGGUGGUUCGGCUUGCCCAGAUGUACUUGGCAAUAGGCUUACCGAGGGCGGUGUGAAAUUGAUCAGUCACUAUGGAUCGACCGAGACAGGACAGCUGAUGACUUCGGAGAGACCUGAAGGGGAUAACGCGUGGAAUUAUGUUCGGGUGCAUGAGAAAUUGGCAGCGUUCAUCAGGUGGGAGGAGAGAGGUGGAAACCUGCACGAGCUGGUGGUGCUCAAGGGUUGGCCUUCAAAGGUCGCAACGAAUCGUCCAGAUGGCUCUUACGCGCUGAAGGAUCUCUUCGAGCCACAUCCAACGAUAUCAGGGGCUUGGAAAUACUGCGGCAGAUUAGACGACACGAUCGUGCUGAUGAAUGGCGAGAAGGCUAUACCCAUUGCCAUGGAGCAGCUGGUGCGACAACAUGAGCUGGUGAAAGACAACGUCAUGUUUGGGGCCGGCAAGAGCCAGCUCGGUAUGAUUGUGGUUGCGUCCGAGCUUGGAGGGUCGAAAACCUCGGACGAAGUCAUCGAUGCGAUUUCCCCCCUGAUCGCGGCGGAGAACAAGAUAUUGCCAGCUUAUGCCCAGUUGUCCAGGGACAUGAUAAGAGUGCUGCCCAGUGGAACUGAGUAUCCGCAGACAGAUAAAGGUACACUUGUUCGACAGGCAUUCUAUAGAAUGUUCCACAACGAAAUUGAAGGAGUGUAUCUAGAGGCCGAGUCCAAGUCGAAUGGAACACGAGUGCUUGAAGGAUCCGAACUCCGGGAUUUUCUCCGUGAGCAAAUCUUAGAACUCUCCUCCAAUUCAGGCGAGACUCAAUCGAUAUCCGAUGGCACGGAUUUGUUCUCGCUUGGGAUCGACUCGUUACAAUCCACGAGGCUGCGAGCCAAGAUCCUCAAGGAGAUCCAACUGAAUGGCAACACUCUGCCACAGAAUGUGGUUUUUGAGUAUCCCACAAUUGCCAAGCUCGCGGAUGCGAUUGUGAGUAUCCGGGAUAGCAAGGAGAUCGAUACACUAGACAUCACAAAAGAGAUGGAGAGGCUGGUGUCAAAGUAUAGUACUUUUCCUCAACAUGUUCCCAUCACAACGAAGUCGGACAAGAAUUGCGUUGUGGUCACUGGGGUCACAGGCUCACUAGGCGCACAUAUUGUGGCUCAAUUGGUCCGUCGCUCAGAUAUAACAGAGGUCUGCUGUCUUGUGCGCGCGGACUCGGACGAUACCGCUUCAAAACGUGUCAUCGAAUCUAUGCAAGCAAGAGAAGUCUACGAUGAGCUUCUCCCUGAGCAUCACAGGAAGAUCUCCUGUUAUCGCUCCGAUUUCUCGAAGCCGAAACUCGGAUUGAAUGAUGCCGUGUACCACGAUAUUUCUGCGAAAAUCAGCAGCCUAAUCCAUUCGGCCUGGUCAGUGAACUUCAACAAGAAUCUCAGCAGCUUCGAAGCAGAUUGCAUUGCUGGAGCGAAGAAUUUGAUGUUACUGUGCCUCUCUGCGCAACAGCAUCAACCGGCUUCAUUCAAUUUCUGCUCUUCCGUCAGCACAGUCGUGAAUACUCCUGGGGACACAGUGCCCGAAGCAUUGCCAGAGAGUUUCAGCUGUGCACAAGGCAUGGGCUAUGCACAGUCAAAGCUCGUGACUGAAAACUUGGUAGCCCAAGCCGCAAAGCAAACAGGCAUGCCGGCACGGGUGUUGCGCAUAGGACAGAUCGUCGCGGACACGAAGCAUGGGAUCUGGAAUGCCACCGAAGCAAUCCCACUGAUGCUUCAAGCAGCGACGACGAUCGGCGCGCUACCAGCGCUCGAUGAAUCGCCACGCUGGCUCCCAGUCGAUACAGUCGCAGAGUCAGUCAUUGCGAUCUCCCUGCCAGAACUCCAAGCCGAGACUCAAGAUUCUUUUUUCAACAUCGUCAAUCCCCGCUCAUUCCACUGGACAGGUGACCUUCUGCCCGCGUUACGCGCAACGGGCCUCCAAUUCGAAGAAGUCGGCCAGAGAGAGUGGGUCGCUCGAUUGAGGAAGUCAAACCCAGACCCAGAGGUCAAUCCGACGAUCAAAUUGGUGGAGUUCUUCGCCGGGAAGUACGAUAAUGACGUGACGAAGAGGAGGAACCUGGGCUAUGAGACGCGUGUCACUGAAAAAGCUGCGCCGGUUCUCAGUAGUGUACCAGCAUUGCAGUCCGAGCUGGUCCAGAAAUUCGUGAAGCGGUUUUUGAGGACCAGCUGGGCGCCAAGGUCGUAG